AUGUCUCCUAGCUUUUAUCAGCCUUUCACCCGAUCCUUAUCUUCAGCCUCUUCUCUAUUAGCAUCUAAAGAUAGUAACUCACCUAGCACUGAAGACAAAAUCAACACUCCUCAAAGCGAAUCCCGAUCCAAUCCUGAAAAGAAACCUCAAACCUCGAAGAAUAACAGAACAGUCGCCCAAUCCGACGCAGAGCUCCGCGAGCGCCUUGAGAAAAUGUCCGGAGAGGGAGGAGCAGCCGGAAUUGAAUACGAAGACGGUCAACCGAGUGCGAUGAAACGCGGCGUGCGUAACAACAUGUUCCGACUGAUUUAA